AUGGCGGCCCCCGAGGCAGGGCCGGCUUUGAGUUCAGGCACUGCAGAGGGCGAGGAGGAGACGAUUCUCUAUGACUUGUUGGUCAACACCGAGUGGCCACCGGAGACAGAAGUGCAGCGGAGGGGAGCUGAGAACCACGGAUCCACGUUUACUCAACAGAUACUGCAUCAUUUAUUAUUUUUACAUCAAUAUAUCUGGUACAGACCUGCACCUUUUUUGCUCCCAGAUGGACUGGUUCGCUUGGUUAAUAAACAGAUAAACUGGCAUUUGGUACUUGCAAGCAUUGUCUCUGUGGAUGUACAACAGAUACUCAGUGAAUUUGCUGUCAGAGAUGAGUUUAUUAAUCCCUAUGACCAGUUUUCUUGUGAGCGAAACUUGUUUCAGCCUAGAGGCAACCGAAAACAUGGUGCAUCCUUUAUCAUCACAAAAGCAAUUCGAGUUCCAAAAGAUCCAAAACCCCAGUGGAGACGGGUAGCAUGGAGUUAUGAUUGUACCUUGCUGGCCUAUGCCGAAAGCACAGGAACUGUGAGGGUGUUUGAUCUCGUGGGAAGUGAGCUCUUUGUCAUUUCCCCGGCAUCCAGUUUUGCAGGUGAUCUGAGCUAUGCCAUUGCUGGGUUGAUAUUUUUAGAAUACAAAGCAAGUGCACAGUGGUCUGCAGAACUCCUAGUCAUCAAUUACCGAGGAGAACUUAGAAGUUACCUUGUAAGACUUUUACUAGUUGGUGGUUGUGAAACAGCUGAAGUGGGCAUGUCAAAAGCUUCUAGCUGUGGCCUUUCUGCCUGGAGAGUUCUUUCAGGAUCACCUUAUUAUAAGCAGGUUACUAAUGGUGGAGACAAGGUUACUGUGGUACCAAAGACGCUGGGGUUGUUAAGGAUGUUAAGUGUCAAGUUUUACAGUCGCCAAGGACGAGAACAGGAUGGAAUCUUUAAGAUGAGCCUUUCUCCAGAUGGGAUGCUCCUUGCAGCCAUUCACUUCUCAGGGAAACUGAGCAUCUGGGCCAUUCCAUCUCUGAAGCAGCAAGGGGAAUGGAAUCAAAGUGAGCAGCCAGGCUAUGAUGACCUUAAUCCUGAUUGGAGGCUCUCCAUUGAGAAGAGAAAAAAAAUCAAAGAUAAAGAGUCCUUUUACCCGCUGAUAGAUGUCAACUGGUGGGCAGACAAUGCGGUGACUUUGGCUCGAUGCUCUGGUGCUUUGACUGUAUCAUCAGUGAAAACUUUGAAGAAUUUACUGGGAAAAUCCUGUGAAUGGUUUGAACCAUCACCACAAGUAACUGCUACUCAUGAUGGGGGAUUUUUAAGUUUGGAGUGUGAGAUUAAACUUGCCCCCAAACGAUCUCGUUUGGAGAUUAGAGCUGGAGAAGAAGAUGAAGGAGAAGAGGAUUCUGAUUCCGAUCAUGAAAUAUCUGCCAAGGCUCGCUACUUUGGUUACAUAAAACAGGGCCUUUACUUAGUGACUGAAAUGGAGCGAUUUGCACCACCGCGGAAACGCCCACGGACCAUUACCAAAAACUACCGCCUCGUGAGUUUGCGCUCUACGACUCCAGAGGAGCUUUAUCAGAGGAAGAUUGAAAACGAAGAGUAUGAGGAAGCCUUGUCUUUGGCACAUACGUACGGCCUGGAUACUGACCUAGUGUAUCAGAGGCAGUGGAGGAAAUCAGCGGUCAACAUUGCUUCAAUUCAGAAUUAUUUGAGUAAAAUAAAGAAGCGAUCCUGGGUUCUCCAUGAGUGUUUGGAAAGAGUUCCUGAAAAUGUGGAUGCUGCGAAAGAACUGCUUCAGUAUGGAUUAAAAGGCACAGACUUGGAGGCUCUUUUGGCAAUAGGGAAAGGAGUGGAUGAUGGCAGAUUUACACUACCUGGUGAAGUAGACAUUGACAAUAUUUCCUAUGAGGAGCUUUCCCCACCUGAUGAAGAGCCUGCCAAGAACAAAAAGGAAAAAGCGCUCAAGAAAAGACGAGAACUACUUAAAUUAGUGAACUUUUCAAAGUUGACACUGGAACAAAAGGAACUUUGCCGUUGUAGACUGAAAUUAUUAACCUACUUGGAUCGACUCGCAACAUAUGAGGAAAUCCUAGGAGUGCCUCAUGCAUCUGAACAGAGAUAUGAUGCUGAAUUCUUUAAGAAGUUCAGAAAUCAGAAUAUUGUUCUCUCAGCAAGAACUUAUGCUCGGGAAAGUAAUGUACAAGCCCUAGAAAUCCUGUUCACUUAUCAUGGCUCUGACCUGCUUCCUCAUCGUCUUGCGAUUCUCUCCAACUUUCCAGAGACCACUUCUCCACAUGAAUAUUCUGUUUUGCUGCCUGAAGCUUGUUGUAGCGGUGACUCCUUGAUGAUCGUUCCUUGGCAUGAACAUAAACAUCGAGCUAAAGAUUGGUGUGAGACGUUGGAGUGCAGAAAGGUUGUUGAGCCAAGUCUUGAAGAUGAAAGUGAAUUCUUGUAUGCCGCACAGCCUGAGUUACUGAAGUUCAGGACAACCCAGCUCUCAGUCGAGAAGGUUAUGGACUGGUAUCAGACCAGAGCAGAGGAAAUAGAGCAUUAUGCCCGACAGGUUGACUGUGCAUUGUCACUUAUUCGACUUGGAGUGGAGCGGAGUAUUCCUGGUUUGCUGGUUCUGUGUGAUAAUUUGGUUACUCUUGAAACACUGGUUUAUGAAGCUGGGUGUGACUUAACCCUAACCCUGAAAGAACUCCAGCAGAUGAAAGACAUUGAAAAACUAAGAUUACUGAUGAACAGUGUAGGUUGUAUUUUGACUUUCUUUUUAAGCAUUCCCUCUAAACCAGUUUCAUUUGUUAAAAUCACUCAGUCCAGCUCAGAAGAGGCACGCAAGCUGAUGGUUAGAUUGACUAGGCACACUGGGCGGAAGCAGCCUCCUGUUAGCGAGUCUCACUGGAGAACGUUGCUGCAAGACAUGUUAACUAUGCAGCAGAAUGUUUACACAUGUCUGGAUUCUGAUGCUUGCUAUGAGGGUGAUGCCAAUAAGCUUCAUGUGCGAUUGUGCUCUGAUCGGAUCAGCCUCAUCAAGGAGUGUAUUUCCCACUCCCCCACAUGCUACAAACAAUCCGCCAAGCUUCUGGGCCUUGCUGAGCUGCUGAGGGUUGCAGGUGAAGACCCAGAAGAAAGGCGUGGACAGGUUCUAAUCCUUUUAGUUGAACAAGCACUUCGUUUCCAUGACUACAAAGCAGCCAAUAUGCAUUGUCAGGAGCUGAUGGCCACAGGUUAUCCUAAAAGUUGGGAUGUUUGUAGCCAGUUAGGACAAUCAGAAGGUUACCAGGACUUGGCCACUCGUCAAGAGCUGAUGGCUUUUGCUUUGACACAUUGCCCUCCUAGCAGCAUUGAACUUCUUUUGGCAGCUAGCAGCUCUCUGCAGACAGAAAUUCUUUAUCAAAGAGUGAAUUUCCAGAUCCAGCCCGAAGGAGGGGAAAAUAUCAAUGUUUCACCGUUAGUUGGCAAAAUGGUACAAGAGGAUGAAGUAAGUGUUCCGGGUGGCAGUUCAGCUGACCUGUUACACUGGACCACUGCUACCACCAUGAAAGUCCUUUCCAACACCACGACUACCACCAAGGCAGUGCUGCAGGCUGUGAGCGACGGGCAGUGGUGGAAGAAGUCUUUAACUUACCUGCGACCCCUUCAAGGGCAAGAAUUUGGUGGUGCUUAUAAAAUUGGAACUAUAGCCAAUGAAGAUCUAGAAAGGCAAGGGUGUCAUCCCUUUUACGAAUCUGUCAUCUCUAAUCCAUUUGUCGCUGAGUCUGAAGUGACGUAUGACACUUAUCAGCACGUCCCAGUAGAAAGCUUUGCGGAAGUCCUGCUGAGAACUGGGAAACUGGCAGAGGCUAAAACUGAAGGCGAAGAAGUAUUUCCAACAACAGAAGUUCUCUUGCAACUAGCAAGUGAUGCUUUGCCAAAUGACAUGACCUUGGCUUUGGCUUAUCUCCUUGCCUUACCACAGGUGUUAGAUGCUAACAGAUGCUUUGAAAAGCAGUCCCACUCUGCGCUAUGUCUGCAGCUGGCAGCUUACUACUACAGCCUACAGAUCUAUGCCCGAUUGACUCCCUGCUUCAGGGACAAGUGCCAUCCUCUUUACAGGGCUGAUCCCAAAGAGCUAAUCAAGAUGGUCACGAGGCACGUAAGUCGACAUGGACACGAAGCCUGGCCCGAAGACCUCGUUUCCCUGACCAAGCAGUUGCACCACUACAACGAACGUCUCCUGGAUUUCACCCAGGCUCAGAUCCUUCAGGGCCUUCGGAAGGGUGUGGAUGUGCAGCGGUUUACUGCAGAUGACCAGUAUAAAAGGGAAACCAUCCUUGGUCUAACAGAAACCCUCGAGGAAAACGUCUACAGCAUUGCUCUUUCUCUGGCACAACGGUAUAGUGUUUCCCGCUGGGAAGUUUUUAUGACCCAUUUGGAGUUCCUGUUCACCGACAGUGGUUUGUCCACAGGAGAAAUUGAAAAUCGAGCCCAAGCCCUUCAUCUCUUUGAGACUUUGAAGACUGAUCCUGAAGCCUUUCACAAGCACAUGGUCAAGUACAUUUACCCGACUAUUGGUGGCUUUGAUCACGAAAGGCUGCUGUAUUAUUUCACUCUUCUGGAAAACUGUGGCUGUGCAGAUUUUGGGAAAUACUCUAUUAAACCAGAAACCCACAUUCGGCUGCUGAAGAAAUUUAAGGUAGUUGCAUCAGGUCUUAAUUACAAAAAGCUGACAGAUGAAAACAUGAGCCCUCUUGAAGCACUGGAGCCAGUCCUUUCAAGUCAAAAUAUCUUAUCUAUUUCCAAACUUGUUCCCAAAAUCCCUGAAAAGGAUGGACAGAUGCUGUCCCCAAGCUCUCUGUACACCGUCUGGUUACAGAAGUUGUUCUGGACUGGAGACCCUCACCUCAUUAAACAAGUCCCAGAGUCCUCAUCGGAGUGGCUUCAGGCCUAUGAUGUCUGCAUGAAGUACUUUGAUCGCCUCCACCUGGGUGACCUCAUCACUGUGGUAGAUGCAAUUACAUUUUCUCCAAAAGCUGUGAACAAGCUAUCCGUGGAAACACGUAAAGAGAUGACUAGAAAGGCUAUUAAGACAGUCAAACAUUUUAUGGACAAGACAAGAAAAAGAAAUUCAGAAGAAGACAUUCAUGAAGUUAGUGAUUCUAAAGUUACCUAUGCAGAUGCUUUGAAUCAUCUGGAGAAAUCACUUGCUCACCUGGAAACCCUCAGCCAUAGUUUCAUCGUUUCUCUGAAGAAUAGUGAGCAGGAAACACUGCAGAAAUACAGUCACCUCUAUGAUCUGUCCCGAUCGGAAAAAGGGAAACUUCAUGAUCAAGCUGUGGCCAUGUGUUUAGAUGGGCAGCCUCUAAGAAUGAUUCAGCAGCUGCUGGAGGUGGCCGUUGGCCCUCUUGACAUCGCACCCAAAGAUAUAGUACACAGUGCAAUAAUGAAAAUAAUUUCUGCAUUGAGUGGAGGCGGUGAUGACCUCAGUGGGCCAAGGGACCCUCUCCAGGUCCUGGAAGGUAUUGUCACAGCAGUCCAUGCCAGUGUGGACAAGGGAGAGGAGCUGGUUUCGUCCGAGGACCUGCUGGAGUGGCUGAGGCCUUUCUGUGCUGACGACAGGUGGCCGGUGCGGCCCCGCAUCCAUGUGCUGCAGGUUUUGGAGCAGUCGUUUCACCUGACCGAGGAGGACAGCAAGCUCCUCGUGUUCUUUAGAACCGAAGCCAUUCUCAAGGCCACUUGGCCCCAGAGACAGGUAGAUAUAGCUGACAUUGAGAAUGAAGAGAACCGCUACUGUCUGUUCAUGGAACUCCUAGAAUCUAGUCACCAUGAGGUUGAAUUUCAGCACUUGAUUUUGCUCUUGCAAGCUUGGCCACCUAUAAAAAGUGAAUGUGUAACCAGCAUAACCAAUAAUCCGUGGGUGAGACUAGCUACAGCAAUGCUAACCAAAUGCACAGUGGAGAACAAGGAAAGAUUGGGGAACGAAGUUUUGAAAAUCUGUCGCUCUUUAUAUAACACCAAACAGAUGCUGCCUGCAGAGGGUGUGAAGGAGCUGUGCCUGCUGCUGCUCGCCCGGUCCCUCCUGCUGCCGUCCCUGAAGCUCCUCCUGGAGAGCCCAGAUGAGCACCUGCACGCAGUGGCGUUGGAGCAAAUUGCCGCUGUCACCACGGUGAAUGAUUCAAACUGCGAUGAAGAACUUCUGUCCCUGCUCCUGGAUGCCAAGCUGUUGGUGAAGUGUAUCUCCACUCCCUACUACCCGUGCGUCAUUGACCACCUCUUGGCCAGCCACCAGCACGGACGCUGGGAUGCGGAGGAGCUGGCCAGGCACCUGAGGGACGCCGGCCACGACGCCCAGGCUGGGUCACUCCUUCUGGCCGUGAGGGGGACUCACCGGGCCUUGAGAACUUUCAGCACAGCCCUCAGCGCAGGACAGCACUGGGUGUGAGCCACCUCCCGUGGCCUGCGCUCCUUGGUGGAAAAGAGCAUCCAGAGCUGCAUGCUGCUUCCCAAAGCAGCACGUGUGCCUGCGGUUGUUCUCGGUGGUUCCAGCUAAUCGCUAAUAAAGCUGUA